UCGGUUUUGGGUCGUGACAGUGGGGCAUCUAGAGUGGAAAUAACAAAAGAAAAAUGAAAAAUAGUGUGGGAUGUGGCAUGGGUUUGAAAAGUUGAGAAAGUUGGAAAUAAUGAGUUGUUGCAUGAGAAGUCUUAAAGAAAGAAAAAACUUUGAAAAAGAAAGAAAGAAGAAGAAUAAAUGAGACUUGAAUCUAGAGUGGAAAAAAGAAAACAAAAUGAAAAAUAUUGUGGAAUGUGCAUGGGUUUGAGAAGUGGAGAAGUGGAGAAAGUUGGAAAUGAUGAGUUGUCAUAUAAUGUUCAAGGAGGGUGUAGUCACUUAUACCUAAAUGAUAUCCUAACCUUCCCUAAGCCUAUAUUACAAGCUUAACAAAGUCCUUUGAGAUUUCUAACCAAAUGGAGUUGAGUCAAUGUUGAUUGAAAAUAUGGGCAAGCCUAUGGUGUGGCAUUUGUGUGCAUGAGAUGAUUCUUUGUGAGUGUGAGUGUUGCAUCUUUUUCCCUUGUCUUAUUUAUAUGUGUGUGUGGUUUUGGGACACUUCUUUCUUGUGAGAGCAUGUAAGUUGAAAAAGUGGUGAUUUUGAAAAUUCCUAAUUGAGUCAAGUGAGCAUGUGAAAGAGUUAAUGAGUUGAGUCAUUUCUUGAGUUUGAGUUGUUGUCACUUAAAUGAUUCUUUGUUUUUAAAAUGUUUCAUGAGAGGAUUUGUCUUGUGAAAAGUUUGCAUGUGGACUAUUUGUUAGUACCAACCAAAGCCCAUUACCUUUGUGCUUAAUUGAGAAAGACAAAUUGAUUUAUGGUGUGUCUUGAAAUAAGAGCCUCUUGUGUUUUUUAUUUUCUUUUCUUGAGGACCAACAAAGUUUCUAAGUUGGUGUGUGUGUUUGUUGAUGAGUGGUGGAUUUUCACUCAUUUGAGGCUCUUUUCAUAGUUAUUUUGGCUUGCUUUAGUUUAGACUUGGUGCUUUUAAUGUGUUUUUUUCCAUAUUUGCAUGAAAAUGAUCGAGAGUUGAUUUAGGAGAUAUUUGAAGAAACCAAGUGAACUUGAGGCAAAAAGAGGCUAAGAGCUGAAAAUGCAAUUUUUGGCAGGAAAAUUACCCUUCGUCAAUGCGCUUGUUGGGUGGAAGUUUAUAUUAAAGGAAAUGGCCAACUGUUUGGAAGAUGAAGAUGAAAGAAUUUCAAAUCUUGCCAAACUUUCUUUCAUGGGUUGUCAAAGAAAAGGAAAACGAAGACCCGGUGGCAUGGUGCUGAAAUCCAAAUUGUCACUGAAAAGAACUGGACAACGUACAAAGAAAAAUGUACUUAUAAGGUUCACAAGAAGAACAUACAUUAUGCCUUCAAUUCCUCCUGCUGUGGACAUAUUUCUUAUGAAAUGGCUUAUAACGGAAACAUCAAAACAGUCUCUUUUGCAGUUUUCCUUCAGCAUGAAUUUGUAA